GCGCACGAUCGCUCUACCGCGCCGCUUCACUGUUCUGCGCCACUGUUUGCGCCAAGUGAACGGACCUCUGCAUAACCGACCAUGGCAGACGAAAAGGUGAAGGGCGAUCCUUCGGCACCGGCCGCGGAGUACAGUGUCGGUGACUUCAAUUCCACGACCAAGCUCGCGGAUGUGCAGCCCAUCGAUGAUGCCGAGUACAACCCGUUCGAGCAGCGGCAAACCGAGAAGCCAAACUCCACGGCCGGCUCGCUGAUCCACCUGCUGAAGAGCUCUCUCGGGACGGGCAUUCUGGCCAUGCCGGUGGCGUUCAAAAAUGCCGGCCUACUGUUCGGGGGCAUCGGUACCAUCGUCAUCGGGCUCAUCUGUACCCACUGCGUGCACAUACUGGUCAAAACCUCCCACAUGGUCUGCCAGAGGACAAGGAUACCCGUGCUAGGUUUUGCCGAAACCGCCGAACGUGUCUUCCAGUAUGGGCCACCAAAGCUGCGACCCCUAGCAGGUUUCUCAAAAGCCUUCGUCGACUACGCCCUGAUGGCAACAUACUUCAGUGCGGGCUGUGUGUAUAUAGUCUUCAUUGCCACCUCUUUCCACGAUGUGAUCAACUAUACGACGGGCAACGACUGGAACGUGCGCAUCUACAUCCUGCUGACCAUGCUUCCGGUCCUGGUGAUUGGCCAGAUUCGAGAGCUCAAGUAUCUGGUACCGUUCUCGGCUCUCGCCAACCUGUUCAUCGUGGUCACGUUUGGCAUCACGCUUUACUACAUCUUCAAGGAUCCGCUCGACUUCGACGACAAACCCUUGUUCGCGUCGUUCGGUACCUUGCCGCUGUUCUUCAGCACGGUUAUCUUCGCUAUGGAAGGCAUUGGCGUAGUUAUGCCGGUAGAGAACAGUAUGGCCAAACCGCAGCACUUCCUGGGAUGUCCGGGCGUGCUUAACACCGCCAUGGGAACCGUUAUCGUACUGUACGCAGUCAUUGGAUUCUUCGGUUACGUUCGGUUCGGUGAGGCAUCGAAAGGCAGCAUCACCCUAAAUCUGCCACUGAAUGACGACCUGGCCAUAGCGGCACAGAUCCUGAUCGCGCUGGCGAUCCUCUUCACCUUCGGGCUGCAGUUCUACGUCCCGAUGGACAUUCUGUGGCGCAAAAUUCAACACAAAAUACCAAAGAACAGGCACAUGAUCUCGCAGAUUGCUCUGCGCAGCGGCAUCAUGAUCCUUAUGGGUGGGGUUGGGCUCGCAGUGCCCGAGCUGGAACCGUUCAUCGGGCUGGUCGGAGCCGUGUUUUUCUCCAGCCUCGGUCUGUUCGUGCCGUGCGUCGUCGAAACGGUGUUCCUGUGGCCGGGCGAGCUGGGCAAAUUCCGCUGGGUGCUUGUGAAGAACGUUAUCUUCGGUGCUUUCUCGAUCUUUGCGCUCGUCGCCGGUGCAUACGUCAGCAUCAAGGACAUAAUUGCGCUUUACACCGACGACGAUGAGCAUGACGAGUAGAGCGGAGUCCGGGGCACACGGAAAACGUUUAACCGACCUUGCGCUCAACGCACUGGGAAUCGAACAAACAGCUCGAACGUUUAGUGCCUAUAACGUUACGCAGCUUAUCGUUUGGUAUCUUAAAUUAAGAUGUCAGGCGAAUUUACGGAUAACUACUGCAUUCCUCGUCAAGCAGCGGAACAGAAAUAGAUGAACCUAUCAAAACCACUACUAGAACUGCGAGAAGAUCACCUCACAAAGGAAGGCGUCUCUCUGAGAGUCCUGAGCUCCACCCGAUCAGCAAGUCCAAGCACAUCCUGGCAAAGCGCUAUUAUUUAUGUUCAACACGAUAUUUUCUUGUG